GGGAGGGAAACGACUCAAGAGCUCUCCUGCAAACAGUAAGUGUAGCCUUUAUACGACUUGUUCAAGUAAAGCUGUUCCUUUCUUGGCAGCUCCACCUCAGCCUUUUUCAUGGGACAAAUAUAAAGAAAGGAAAACCCUCCUUGCAGAUCUCUUCCAGGACCAUUGCACGUUCCAGACAAUGGAGUCCGCCUCUGGAGGUGAAGUCAAACCACUGCAUUAGCAGCACCAAAGUGCCCCUCCUUGGGGCGCAAGCCUGGGUACUGUGUAUGGAGGUCCUGGGCUGCCCAGAUGACAAGACCCCCAAUUGCUGAUGUGGUCCAAAGCAGAGCAAUAUAUUUGGCACAGGCUUCCACCAAUAUAUGCAUUUUUAUGCACAGAUUAACUAGCAUAGCAUAUGCCUUUUUCGUACAUUUUGCUUGUACAUUGCAAAAUUCAGAGAAGUGUGAAUUCCCAAGGACGGCUGUGUUUCAGUUCUCUUAUUGUUCCAGAAAAUGUGGUGCCUUAAUUUGAGAACCCGCUGGUGAUGGGGAAUGCUAUAUUCUAUGACCCAGCCUGCUUCCUCGAAACAACAUGGUUAAUCAUCAGCACUUUUCCUGUUAAACAUAGGAGGAUACAGGUUUGUAGUGACCUUGCAAACAGUUCCAAGUAACGUUUCACUACAGUCAGAGGAGGAGAUUAGGAUCUUCGGGUUGCUAACGAUUCUUUUUUUUUUGGAGGGGGGGAAUAACAGCAGAAGAAAACAAAGCGCCAUGGGGAACGACGGGUGUGAUCAGGUGAAUGAAGAAAAUAAAAGCCAAAAUGGUGAGAUGCAACUCAAAAGAACCAUAGGAUAUUUCGAAGGUGCCAGCUUUAUCGUGGGCACCAUUGUAGGGGCAGGGAUCUUUGUCUCGCCCACUGGAGUGCUGAAAUAUUCUUUGCUCAACGUUGGCGUUGCAUUGAUCAUCUGGACAGCUUGUGGCAUCGUUUCGCUGAUGGGCGCUCUCUGCUAUGCAGAGCUGGGGACAGCUUUACCGUUUUCAGGAGGGGAAUAUAGCCACAUCAAGAGAGCCCUGGGCUCUCCCUUGGCUUUCAUCUUUCUGUGGACGGCAGUGUUCAACAAACCCGCCUCUAAUGCCGCUCGGGCCUUGCUGUUUGCCGAGUAUGCUACCAAGCCUUUCUACGGCGAGUGCCCGGUUCCCGACGUGCUGAAGAAAUGCCUGGCUUUGGCGGUCCUCUGGUGCCUCGGGAUCCUCAACGGUCGAAGUGUCAAGAUGGCUGCUUGGGUGCAGACCGUUUUCACCGUCCUGAAGAUGAUGGCGCUCUCUGUGAUUGCGGUUGGCGGGAUUGUCCUGCUGAUAAGGGGGAGAAAAGAGAAUGUGGCAAGAUUUGAGAAUGCCUUCGGCUCAGAGAUCCCAGAUGCUGCGCAGGUUGCAGAAGCGUUUUACCAGGGGCUCUAUGCAUAUGGCGGCUGGUGGUCUCUCAACUAUUUGUCAGAGGAAGUUAAAAAUCCCAGCAGGAACAUUCCAUUGACUGUGAUGACAACACUUCCUUCAAUAACUGUGUUUUACUUGCUUGUGAACAUUUCAUACCUGACAGUUCUCACACCAAAGGAAAUUGUCUCCUCAGUCGCUGUAGCAGUCACUUGGGCCGACAGGGUGAUCCCUUCAGUUGCCUGGAUAAUUCCUGCAUCUGUAGCCAUCUCCAUAUUUGGCGCCCUCAACAGCAGUGUAUUUACACUCGGACGAUUGACCUAUUCUGGAAGCCAAUCCGGACAUUUGCCCACCAUAGUAUCCAUGCUCAAUGUCCACCACUGGACCCCAGCGCCAGCCAUGAUUUUCUCAACUGUCGUGGCCUCCAUUUUUAUUAUCCCAUCGGACCUAAUUGCUUUAACCAAUUAUUUUGGCUUCUCCGUUUGGCUGAUGAUUGGAUUAACUUGCACUAGCCUGAUUGUCCUCCGCUACCGAGAGCCGAAUCUACACAGGCCGUACAAGGUUUUCUUACCCGUCGCUUUCGGGAUGGUGGCGAUUUCACUGUUCUUAGUUUUAGCUCCUAUAGUCUGGUCUCCAAAGGUGCAGUACAUUUACGCUUCCAUUUUUAUGCUUGGGGGUCUCCUCUUAUAUGUGCCUUUUGUCCAUUUUAAAAUUCAUUUUGCGUUUAUUGACAAAAUCACUUGCUACCUGCAGCUGUUGCUGGAGGUAUCACCUCCUCAUUAUAAAUCUGAGUAAAGGCAAAGUUUCAUACUUGGCUGCCUUUUUUUGGGGGGGGGGGUGAAGAACGUGGCUUGGAUCUAGAAUAGCACUAAUGGAAUAUUGCUUCCUAUAGCCUUCUUUCCAAGGGGGUGGGGGAGACAGUUGGUUUUAAUGCAGACCCACCUAAUUUGCAUUUCUUGAAACAAUGCGCAAACUAAAAUGCAACUCACUGUUGAAAUUUAAACUUCUGAUUUUGCAAUGCUGUUCUCCAACCCAAAGAAAUGUGUACAAAAAAUGUAUAUUAGGGGAAAUUAUGCAGAAAAAUCAUACCUUCCAACAGCUUGUGUCCCAAAACUGGGACGCAUGUCUUCCCACCUGCGCUCCCAGGUGAGUCAAAUGAUCCGCAUGAGAUCAUGGAGCCCAAAAUACAUGCUUUCUUUCGGGAGAGAUCUUGCUGUGGAAUCUCCCGAGAUCAAGGCGCCCAAAUGGCUGCUGUGCUCCCAUGCAAGAAAAUUGGAUGGUACAUUUUUUUCCCUAGAAUACAGAGACACCGCUCUAGCCCUCCUUAACUCCCGCCUCCUCAUCCGAGAAGUCACUGGGCUCCGCAAGGGCGAACCAAGGUGCUCUCUCACUCGAUCACGUUUUACACAAAACUUAAUCUGGUAGUUCACUGCCACCACUGAGCUACUCGAAAGUAACACAGACAAAAUAUUCUUGGUAGGGUCGAGCAGCCAGGUACCAGAAUUAGCUUUGGAGUCGAAAAUAUUCAAAACUCACGACAAAUUGUCCCUUUUAGAAUUUAUUAAAGAACAAGGGAUAAGUAAUAAACCACAAAGUUACAGUUCUCAGCAAAAGGUUACAAAAUAGAACAUAAAAACAUUAUAAAGUCUCACUAACUUACACAUAUGUAGCAAAAAGAACAAAGUCUAAAUGCAUUUCUCUCCGGCAAGGAUUUUGACGAGCACAUUAUGAUAUCCACUCCAGGAUAAUGGCAUAGAGCAACUUAACAUUUUCCACCAUCCCAUAUUUAAACAAAAUUAUACCACGAGGGGUCUCGAGAACUGACCAGUUAAAACAAAGGUGUAGAUGUGAACUGGCCAAUCAUCAAUUAAUACACAUCGAUCUUUCAGCUGUCACGUACCAAACCAGCUGCCCCAAAUUUAAUACUUAAAAGCUGGAGGUUAGGGAAACUCCCCAAAUAGUUCUCAAGCCCCUCUCUUGCACGUCUGGAGACACUAAGCCAAUUAGGCAGAUAACCCUCUGUGAUCUUAGGUAAAGGUAAAGGGACCCCUGACCAUUAGGUCCAGUCGUGACCGACUCUAGGGUUGUGGUGCUCAUCUCACAUUAUUGGCCGAGGGAGCCGGCGUACAGUUUCCAGGUCAUGAUCUUACCACUUCUCAAAUAAACAUCCCGUUUCCAGCUGCAACAGACUUCACAUUAACGUAUAAAUCAGUUGUGGGUAAACACAGUCAGGAGGCAAUUCAACUAACAAAGCAUUCCAUCUAAAGGGCAAAAAGGCAUCUUCCCAUGAGAGCUGGGGUUUAACAACUCCCAGCACCCUUUCUGGUGCUCCCAGAGUGCACCACGAUGAACCAAGGUAUAAGAUUUUCAUACACAAAGUUAUCUAUUUCACUACAGAUAUAUUCAUGAGACUAACACAAAAAAAUGCAUUGUAUUAGAGUAAAUUGGAUACAGAAAUAUGUAUAUUAGGAGAAAUGCAUAUUAAAUGCAGAUGAAUUUUUCGGGAGGACUUAAAAAUAAUAAUCACAAACUGAUUUGUAAAUAUGGUGAACUGAACAUAAGAUUUGAAAAAUGAGAAACAGAGAGAAACUAAAACUGACAGAUUUGUCAGUCUGUAUUUCUCCCUGCUUCUCCCUGGAUCACCAACUCAAAGCACAAGUGGGAGGAAGGGUACACAAUCCCCAUUGUGCGAGCGUUUUUCUGCACCCCACCCAAUGUUUCUUAAGGUUACAAGUUAGUAACCUUUAACCUGGUUAAAGGACUCUGUAUUUGAAAGCAGCUCAAUGCCCCUCUUUUGUUGCUUGCAUUUUAAACUUUAUUUCAAAAGAAAAAAAAUCCAAUUUACUGGCUGAAGAUUAUUGUUCCUAGUAACCCAAACUUGUGUUAAACUGUGAAGCAUUGCGUUUUAAUGCUAAUGGGACAUUAGGUGAAGGGCAGGAAUUAAUAAUAAUGUUAAUGAAUGGAAUAAUGUUUAAGUGUAACAUAUUUCAGAUGGUUUUUUAUUGUAAUCGUUUUGAGAAGGUUUUAGAAUGUUUUUGCUUUUGUUUUCUAAUGGUAUAUCUGUUUGCUGUUCUGGGCUCCUGGGUGAGAUAUAAAAUCAAUAAAUAAUAAUGAGAAAAACUCUUGGGAUAUCUUUUUUAAGAGCACAUUCUAGUAUGUUUUGUUUUUCAAACAAUUAAAAUAAAAACUAAACAUAGUAAUUGUUUGUCAAGUCGAAUAGAGAGAAGAUACAACUUCUUUAAAAGGGCAAUGCCCUAACUAUUAUCUAUUUUAAGGUUGUUAUUCAUUAGGUCGUCUUCUUCUUUGGCGAUCACUCAUAGCUGAGUAAGAUUGUCUUCCAUGAACACGGUUUUAAUAGCGAGUCCAUAAGUGACUGUGGAGAUCAAUUCUGGAUCCACACGUCCUUCCACAGUGGGGACAUUGGUUUCUGGGUGGGAGUUGAUCCUGGUGAGGGUUUGCCAAACGUGCCUUCCUCUUGGCACGAUUCUCCCUUUCAUCCAGAGUUCGAGAGUCUUCAAAGUCCAUGGCAUUUUUUUACAUUGAUUCCGUAAAUACAACAUAAAUGGUUCCCAGUCUUUUUUUUAAGGUCUCUAUUGUCUUUAUCUCUAAGUCUUUCAGUUAACAUCGCCAUUUCAGCAUAUUCCAUUAGUUUUUCUUGCCACUGUUCUUCAGUUGGUAUUUCGUUGCUUGCAAAACCUUGUACACAUAUCCUGUUUGGAUACUUCACCUCUGUUUUUGCACCAGAACAAAUUAUCCAAUAAUCUAUUUUAAUGCUUUGGUUAUAGAAAACAGAUGGGUGUCUUGAGUUCAUAUGUUUGGACCAGUCUGAGAGUUGCUGCCAUGGAAAACUGAGCACAAAUCAUGCGUGUUCAUGGACCUGUAUAUUGUGGCUCUUGCAGAUGUUUUGUGUCUGCACCUACCGUAAGUGGUUCACUUGAGAUUGGGAGUGUCAAUAGCUAACCCAAAGUUCCAUUUCACAAAACAGGUAGCAGCAUUAGGCUGCGGUGCUAUAUGUGCAUGGACCUGGAUGUGCUUUGCACAAAGUGUGAGAUUUCACUAGAAAUGCAGCGCUGUUACAACAGCGGGAUGGGCAGUUUUCCCUGAGCAAAUAAUUGGGUUUGGGACGCCAGGCUUAUUUGUAGUUAAGGAGUGCCUAGCGAUACGUCCAGCAGAUGGCACCACACAAACAAUAUCUGACCUGAAGUAGCAGGUACCGGUAGAUUAUGCAGAACGCAAGAGAAACAGCAGCGACUCGUGAUUAUUAUUUUUGCAAGGUAAAAAUGUAGAUUAAUCAUUUUCUAGGUCAGGAACUUAAAAUCUAUUCUGUCCGUGCCCUGCUUUUGAAACUUUUAUGAGCAACUCAGGACCACUUGACUUUAAAAAGGAUAUUAUUAUCCCAAAGAAUGUAAACAUUGAAUAAUAAUUCAGAUAUAGAUGACACACACACACACACACACACACUGUAUUCAGAGUCCCCAAGAAUCUGUCAGAAGACUACAGUGCCAUUGCCACCCCGGCAAGAUGUUACUGCCUCAAGGUCUGAAGGUACAAGGCCACCACUUGACUGAAGCUAAGCAGGUCUGGGUUGGGUUAGUGCCUGGGUGGGGGACCACCUGAGAGCCAUAUGCAUGCCACACUGCCUUUGGCUCCCUGACAAUACAUCAUAUCCCUGUAGGUCAAGGCCAACAUAGAUGGUCCACUUGGGGCAAGCUGCAGUGACAGGAGGAUGUUGUUAGAAAGCCCUUAGAUUUUCUACUGGGUCCCUAGGAGACGGAAAGUGCCUGGAAAGCCACUGUGUCUUAGUUGCCUGGCUACUUCUGCAUCUGAAUUGAAGGUAGCCAGAGCGCACAGCUCCUUCAUUCUGUGGCAGGUAAAUACAGGGAACCGUGUGUGGCAUCAUGCUUGCAUCGCCCUGUAGGGGCCGCAGAAACCAUCCUACUCUUGGGGUCUCCUCUCCUCCGAGACAGUUGUGACACUGUACACUGGCACCAACUCAGUGGGCACUUUUAAUUGGUUUUUAACCAUCAUGAACAGCAGUUACAUUUUUUGGGGGUAGUGGGGGAACUAAAAAAAAAAACUACAUGCACAAGCCUCAUUAAAUUCCUUCAAAAUACAGGAAGACGAAAGGGAAACAUCAAAAUUAAUGGAACACUGCAUGGCAGACAAAUUACAAUACCCCUGGGAGCAUUCAAAUGGGUACUUGAUGAUGGGUAAUAAAGAACCAUAGCAGUACUGUAAAUGGCAAUAUCCAUUAUAUAAGCGAUCAUCGCAACUCUGUCAGAAUGAUCGAAAACAAUAAUGUUAUUUUAGCAAACUGCCUGAUCAGGCUGAUAUCGUGUAAGUUUAAUGAAAUGCAAACUGCAACAGACCAGAAGAUGAACUGGUUCAGAACAGCAAAUUCAUCCCAACCCAUAAAUCCAUAUCAGAUCAGUAGUAAAGCAGAUCUUAAUAAAUCCUAGAGUUACCCACUGGCCGCAAGAUUUGCUGGACUCAAUAUUUGCCAACUUAGGCAUGUGAAAACUUCACCAGAAUCACCCACCCACCUUGUGAUUAGGCUGCAAACACAGCUUAUGCGUGCCUCUGAUAAAUACUUUCCCACCUCCCGUCCACACAAUACGGUUUGUUACAGCACAGUUUUAAUCUGAACUAGCACUUUUAAAAGAAUGCAUAAAAAGUGACCUCCAUUCAUACCAAGGACAUCACGCUUCAUUGUAUUUUUUCUAGUCUUCCAAUUAAAAUACCAAUUAAAAUAUUUGGCCAGGAUAACCUUAGCAGAUGCCUAAGAGUCGGAAAUUCUGAUUCAAUGUAAGGCUGUAGCACAGCAGUGAUAGACCUUUCUCCACCAAGAACUCAAAUGCUGAAUAAAUGUAGUCCCAUUACAAUAAGCAUUUCUUUUGAGCAUUUGAAAAUGUAGCUACCGGUAAUUCCUCUAUGGGGAAGCUGGGCAUAAACUUGAGUUGUUCAAUUUGUGACCUCUUGAGCCUUGUUGCUGAUCGGGUUAUUUAGAGGUUAAUCACACAACAGUACCACAGAACAGUUCUUCAACAAUCUAUAAUUGAGAAUAGUGCAAGCAGAACAAGAAUAUCUGCAUUUAUAUUUGAUUAUUUCAGAAUGUAUUCUCCCUUCUACUAGUUAUAGCAGAACUACAUAUGGUAUUGGAACCUAUUCCCAUUAAAAGCAGGUAUCUUACAACCAACCACUCAUUUUUCCUGAUUUCAACAAGCUUUGUCCAACAGGAACAGAGACAAGAAGCAUGUGACUUUCCAAAUUGUGUAGGACUCCAACUCCCAUAAGCCCCAGCCAGCUUGCCUAGUGGUCAAUGUUGAUAGGAGCUGUAGUCCAACAACAUCUGGUGGACUAUGGGUUCUCCAUCCCUGUAUUAGAGCUAUGAAUCCUAGAAGCUUCUCUUAUUGCAAGCAGAAAAAGUAGACAUUGAUUCUCAGGAUUUCCAGAUUCAUGAGCAAAUUGUGUGCUUGGUCAGUGCAACCACAGAAUCACACAGCCCUGAACAUAACAGACCAAAGGCAUGUGCCAAGAUGCCUCCAUAAACUCAGCUGGAAGAAUAAAUGCUAUUACGAUAAAAUUUUGGAACUAAACCCAAAGCUUAAAACGAAUUCACAUGAUGUAUUUCUGUGUUAAUUAUAAUCCCGUAUCCCCUAGACGACUAUUAGACAUUUAAUGCCUCCUUGUUAUUCUCACUCAGUUUGAGAAAUGCUUGAAAAUGUUCCAGCUGUAAAGUGGGUGGAUAAAACAGCUGCUUCACUUAAUACUUUAAGCCUUUUAUGCAAAGACCUAUUUCACUACAGUAUAUGGAUAUUUUAGACAUCAUAAUCUCUCACGUGGAGGUUAUACAUCGUGUCCUGCAACUCAAACUGUAUUUGCACAGAGAUGGUUUCACAUUCCUGUUGCUACAGCUGUAAGAAUAAUUUGCAAUGAGCAGCCAUUUGUGUGGGUCUCACCUGUGUCAGGGCCAUCUGUGGGUUGUGUCAUUCUUUGAAUCUGUUCCACUGAUUGCAGGUCUGGAGAUAGUCCUGCCAAUACAAGGGACAUUAUUUGCGGAUGAUGCCAUGUGUGCAUAUAGAAAGUGUCUGAAUUGCUGGCAAUUUUCUGGUCUGCCUCCUGAAAAAUGCAGAUCUCUCACAUCCUGCUUCUGGUUUUGAGGAAAAUAGAAACUUUAAAAAACCAAAAACCUUUAUCUUUUCUUUGGAAAAAAAGAAUAAAAUAAUUUAAGAGUAAAAAUGAAAUAUUGUGUGAUUUGAGAAUGUGACCGUUGACCCCAGUGCUCUAAAAAAUUAUUUUCCUUCUUUGUGAGCCAUGGAACGUCCAAGUGUAAAGUAUGAACAUAAACUCCAUCUGUCCUUACAAUUCAAUUUCAACCAUGACAAAGCAUACUUAUCAAUACCUCUGAAUGUUCUGCUGCAAAAUGGCACUUUGGAGAAUUAGUAAAUCAUUACUUGCAAGGCAGUGGUCAUAUUUACCGAAAGGAAGAGGAAGGAGAAGCAAUAAUAAUAAUUUAUGCUCUUUUGCCGUAAAGAUCUCCACUAGGACUUUACGAUUUAAGAAAGAGAUUUUGGGAUGAAAAUUGCAUUGGCAUAUGUGUCAGAUGCUGUUUCCUUGACACACCAUUUAUCAUAAUAAUUUACAUUCCAUGCUAUUGAUCAUGCACAUUAAGUGGUUUUUAAAUGCUUGCUUUCGAAGGGAACAGAAUCAUGUCCCUGCAUAUGGCAGUGUAUUAUUCAUAAAUGUGUCCCCCCCCCUUUUUUGUAAAAAAUGAAUACUGAACUGAUAGGCAUAUGAA